AUGUUUAAUGGUGAUUCCUUGGAAAUUAUUGACAAAGAGCUAUUCGAUAUAUUGGAAGACGAACAAAAAAGACAAAAGGAAACUAUAAAUUUGAUUGCAUCAGAGAAUUUUAUUAAUAAAGCAGUGCGUGAAUGCUUAGGGCAUCGUGUGAGUAACAAAUACUCAGAAGGAUAUCCUCGUAAGAGAUACUACGGAGGUAAUGAUUAUAUUGACAAAAUAGAGGAACUAUGUUAUAAGAGAGCUUUAGAAGCUUAUAAUAUAAGUGAAAACGAAUGGGGUGUUAAUGUUCAGGCACUUUCAGGUUCAGCAGCCAAUGUUCAGGCACUGUACGGUUUAGUUGGAUUAAAAGGAAAAAUUUUAGGGAUGCAUUUAUGCUCUGGUGGUCAUUUAACUCAUGGGUUUUUUAAUGAAAAGAAAAAAGUUUCUAUUACAUCAGACUUAUUUGAGUCAAGAUUAUAUAAGUGUAACAGUGAAGGAUAUCUUGAUUAUGAUUCUAUUCGUAAAAUUGCUUUAGAGUUUCGCCCAAAGGUUAUUAUAUGUGGAUAUACGAGUUACCCUAGAGAUAUAGAUUAUAAAAAAUUCCGAGAUAUAUGUGAUGAAGUAGAUGCAUACUUACUUGCAGAUAUUUCUCAUAUUUCAUCCUUUGUUGCAUGUAAAUUAUUAAAUAAUCCCUUUGAAUACGCUGAUGUUGUCACAACAACUACACAUAAAACAUUAAGAGGACCUAGAAGUGCACUUAUUUUCUUUAAUAAAAAAAGAAAUCCUGGUAUUGAUGAAAAAAUUAACAGUGCUGUAUUUCCAAGUUUCCAAGGAGGACCUCAUAAUAAUAAAAUAGCUGCUGUUGCUUGUCAAUUAAAAGAAGUGAAUUCUGAUUUUUUCAGAAAAUAUGCCAAACAAGUCUUAUUGAACAGUAAAGCUUUAUCUAAAUAUUUAAUUGAUAAUAAUGUAGAUAUAGUAACAAAUGGAACUGAUAAUCAUCUUAUUUUAGUUGAUUUGAGAAGAUAUAAUAUAACGGGGUCUAAACUACAAGAAGUAUGUAAUGCUAUUAAUGUUUCUUUAAAUAAAAACACUAUACCUAGUGAUGUGGACUGUGUUUCACCAAGUGGAGUUCGUAUAGGAACUCCAGCAAUAACCACAAGAGGAGCUAAAGAAAAAGAUAUGGAAUUUAUUGCACAAAUAUUAAUCAAAGCAAUAAAAUUAACAGCAGAUUUACAACAAAUAUAUGGAAAAAAAUUAGUAGAUUUUAAAAAAGGAUUAGUUAACAAUUCUGAUAUAGAAAAAUUGAAAAGUGAAGUUGUUGAAUGGGCAAGUCACUUACCAUUACCUUAA